CAGAGAGAGGAGGGAGGAGUGACUGCUGGGAAGCAGAAACUCACACUGAAGGAGGUGUGACUCGCUCACUCAGCCUUCGACAGUUGCGAGGAUGGAAAUUCCUCCGCUGAGCCGACCGACUCCAGGAGGAUUUCACCUCUGAAGGAGCAACAAAGCCUGAGAAGACUUUAAUACCGGCUGGCUGGGUAACGGCGAAGGUCGGGAGGCCCUGCUGACUGAUCUGAAGGCUUUCAAACAUGACCAAGAGGCCACACUGACUUGACUGGAAGCGUAACGGAUCCCUCUGACCUAAAAGAAGAAUUCAAGUCUAACAGAUUUUACAUCUUUGGUUGGUCUGAUUUGCUGACUUGUCUCUGGAUUGGUUGAACUCCACUGCUGGGAUCAGAACUGAGUGUUUGGGAGAUCAGCCGAUCAGCUGAUUGGAGCUGCAGCUGAUCAGCUGAAUGACAGCGUGACCCCUGAGGAGAGAUCUUCUUGAGUGGGAUCAGGAUGAGCGGAGCAGGGGACGUGAUCUGUGAAGGAUGGCUGCGGAAAUCACCACCAGAGAAAAAGCUACGCCGCUAUGCAUGGAAACGGCGCUGGUUUGUGCUGCGAAGUGGACGCCUGAGUGGAGAACCAGAUGUCCUGGAGUACUACAAGAACCCCCAAUCCCGUCGGCCAAUCAGGACCAUCAACCUGAAUCUGUGCGAACAGGUGGACGCUGGGCUUUCAUUCACUAAGAAGGAGCUGGAGAGCAGCUUUGUUUUUGACCUGAAAACGGAGGAGAGGACCUGGUACCUGGUGGCAGAGUCCGAGGAGGACAUGAACCGCUGGGUGACGUCCAUCUGCCUGCUGUGUGGCUUCAACCCCACAGACGACGGUCCAGAAAGACCAUCAAAUUCCAGAUCUGCUUCCAUCACAUCUGUUACCAGUGCCGGUGGUACCUCCUCCGUCUCCGUGGUAACCGGGUCAGUCCCACCCCCGUACGAUGCAGUGAGCGUUCAACAUCUGGGCCACGACUACGGCACGGAGGACGAUUACCUUUGGUUAUCAAACUGCCAGAGUCACAUCAGCUCCAGGCUUCCUUCAGAUUCUUCCACCUCUCUUGAAACCGACUACAAUGACAACCCGUAUCCUCUUCCCUCUGCUACUUCCUCUUCUUCUUCCUCUUCCUCAUCCCCUUCCCUCCCCGCCAACAGCCUCCAUUCUGCGUCUUCCUCCGGCUUUAAAACGGCCCAUUGGACAUUAACCGCGAUGACGAGCCCUCUCAGCCAUUCCCUGGACGCAAGCAUGACCCCCGACUCCCAAAAAAGGUCUGGGAGACCUCGAUGUCAUCCCUCUCCGCAUCCCAGGAAGCACUCUUUAGAUUUCCACCUGCGUCCCGUGGCCAUACUUCUCAGUGAUGACGCACACUCGAGCAUGCACCCGGGUGUGCCGUCCUACACCACCAGUGGUUACCAGGUGCCCCGUCCAGCAUCCACCCCGCAACCGCUCCCGUACCGUCGGUCCUCUACGCCGAGUGUGGACUCCCUAACCCAGGCAGAACUCCACACCGUUAUCCCGGCUCCUCCUCCCCCUCGCCCACCCAAGCCCCCUGCCACUGCAGCCCAUGGAGAGUUCCCUACCCUGGGCACGGUACCCGCUACGCUGCCCCGCACCAACUCUGGUCCACUGCUGGAUGGAGGGGGGUAUCCGUCAAGGAGCAACACUGCCCUUACCCUCGGACGCAUGCAGACUAGUUGUGAGUCUAUUUUCAUCCCUACAUCGCUGUCUGACCGAGCAAGCAUGUUUGAGUUCAGUGACAGCUUCAACAGUUACUUUUUUAAUAAAGGCAUGGUACCUCUGCGCGGUGUUUGUGCUGAAGAUGAUGAUGUUGAGGAAAACUACGUUCCUAUGAGCGCUGCUACAACUGAGCCACCAGUCGGAUCAAAGGUCCCUCCCAGUGCUCCAGCCGACCCAUCCACCCAGGUCCAAGACUGCAACUACGUUCCCAUGACCCCUCUGGCUCCUUCCCUUCCCACUCACCCCAACCAAGCCACGAGCGAGCUGGCGUUGUUGGGGAGACAAGUGCCUCCACCUGCUCACAUGGGAUUUCGUAACGCCCCCAUGACACCAAUUACACCCCUGACUCCACCUCUCCAGAGGAACUUCAUGAACAAGACGAUGGGAAGUGAGGUUGAAGCCAUGCCGCCUCCAAUCCACCGCAACCUGAAACCACAACGGAAAGGGGUUUCUGCCAAUCAGACUGCGGAGAAAAAUGAUGCCCCGACUGGUGGAGAGACGCCGCACAAAAUUAAAGUGAAACCAGCGCCUCUAGACAUCACCCCCCUCCCACAGGACUGGCAGGAAGUCGCACCACCUGUCCGCUCACCCGUCACCAGAACCUUCACACGGGAUCCAUCCACACGGCUGUCUGUCAGGCCGAGCUCUGCUCAGAGUUCCUCCCCCUCCUCUGAUUCUGAUGACCAGGAUGAGAGCUACGUCGCCAUGACAACGUCCAGCCUCAGUUUUAGUGCUGGGGAGCCGUCUCUGAGGCUCAUGCUGCAUCGGGCAUCAGAGGGCGGAGUCAGUAGCCCGUUGCUACACCGAGCUAAAAGUGAAAAACAGGUGGAGUAUUUGGACCUGGACCUCCACACUGGACGAUCAACAGCAACCCGACAGCAGAAACGCUGCACGGCAGAUGCAGGAUCCGGCACCAGCCAGCAGGGCGCCGGAGGCGAGGAGCGUGCUCGGGCACAGCGGACACGGGUGGACUACGUGGUGGUGGACCCCAAGAAGACCAAGGCCCUGAAGAACACCCGAGAAGCAUGGCAUGAUGGGAGAAUGUCCACAGAGAAGGAUAAAAGCUAGACGACAACACAGCAUCUUUACUACCACUCCAGCAGAUAUGUUGAUCUCAUUUAAAACGAAUAAAUCAAAACGGCGAGGAGACUUCUCAUUUCUUCACGUCCUAAAAUGGUCAACCAAAGUCUGCUUAUUACACAGAAAUGAUUUAAUAGCUUUUUCUGAUGUCACUUUACAAUAAAAUCAACUUAACGGUGGUAUAUACGUUUUCACGAAAACUAUGAAGGUGUCGCAGAAACAUUUCUGCCUCCGUAGAUGCUGUGACUGUAUAAAAUGUAAAUAAAAACAGACUGCAAUUCUUUAGUUAUCUCAUAAACCCUUGUUUUAUUCAAAAUAGAACAUAAAAACAUGUUUAAUGUUUAAACUGAAGAAAUGUACCGUGUGAAGAAAAAAAGGCUAAUACUAUUGGCCCGAAUAUAAGAUGGUGUUUUUUGCAUUGAAAUAAGACUGAAAAAGUGGGGGUCGUCUUACAUUCGGGGUCUAGACGUUAUACCCAUUCACAACGCUAGAUGGCGCCAGAUAUCUUUAAAGCCAA